CUGCAGAUGGUGUCCAUUGUCAGUGCUGUCCAGCGUGCACCAGGCUGAUCCAUGGUCACUUUCCGGGAUGGCAGCAAGGUGACUGCAGCUGAGGAUGACCCUGACUGAAAGGCUGCGUGAGAAGAUAUCUCAGGCCUUCUACAACCAUGGGCUGCUCUGUGCCUCCUACCCUAUCCCCAUCAUCCUCUUCACGGGGCUCUGCAUCGUAGCCUGCUGCUGCCCGCUGCUGAAAUUGCCCUUGCCAGGGACAGGGCCGGUGGAGUUCACCACUCCUGUGAAGGACUACUCGCCCCCGCCUGUGGCCUCUGACCGCAAACCAGGGGAGCCCAGUGAGCAGCCAGAGUGGUACGUGGGUGCCCCUGUGGCUUAUAUCCAGCAGAUAUUUGUGAAGUCCUCGGUGUCUCCGUGGCACAAAAACCUCCUGGCAGUCGAUGUGUUUCGUUCACCUCUGUCCCGGGCAUUCCAGCUGGUGGAAGAGAUCCGGAACCACGUGCUGCGAGACAGUUCCGGGACCAGGGGCCUGGAGGAGGUGUGCCUGCAGGUGACCGAUCUACUGCCUGGCCUCAGGAAGCUCCGGAACCUACUUCCUGAGCAUGGCUGCCUGCUGCUGUCCCCUGGGAACUUCUGGCAGAAUGACCGGGAGCGCUUCCAUGCGGAUCCUGACAUCAUUGGGACCAUCCACCAGCAUGAGCCCAAGACCCUGCAGACCUCAGCCACGCUCAAAGACUUGCUGUUUGGUGUUCCCGGGAAGUACAGCGGGGUGAGCCUCUACGCCAGGAAGAGGAUGGUCUCGUACACCAUUACCCUGGUCUUCCAGCGCUACCACGCCAAGUUCCUGGGCAGCCUGCGGGCUCGGCUGAUGCUCCUGCACCCCAGCCCCAACUGCACCCUUCGGGCGGAGAGCCUGGUCCACGUGCACUUCAAGGAGGAGAUUGGCAUCGCCGAACUCAUACCCCUCGUGACAACCUACAUCAUCUUGUUUGCCUACAUCUACUUCUCCACACGCAAGAUCGACAUGGUCAAGUCCAAGUGGGGGCUGGCCCUGGCUGCCGUGGUCACAGUGCUCAGCUCGCUGCUCAUGUCUGUGGGGCUCUGCACACUCUUCGGCCUGACACCCACCCUCAAUGGCGGAGAGAUUUUCCCCUACCUUGUGGUGGUUAUUGGGUUAGAGAACGUGCUGGUGCUCACCAAGUCCGUGGUGUCGACCCCAGUGGACCUCGAGGUGAAGCUGCGUAUCGCCCAAGGCCUAAGCAGCGAGAGCUGGUCCAUCAUGAAGAACAUGGCUACAGAGCUGGGCAUCAUCCUCAUUGGCUACUUCACCCUGGUGCCUGCCAUCCAGGAGUUCUGUCUCUUUGCCGUUGUGGGCCUGGUGUCAGACUUCUUCCUUCAGAUGCUGUUUUUCACCACUGUCUUAUCCAUUGACAUUCGUCGGAUGGAGCUAGCGGACCUGAACAAGCGGCUGCCCUCUGAGGCCUGCCUGCCCCCAGCAAAGCCAGUGGGGCGGCCAGCACGCUUCGAGCGGCAGCUGGCCGUGCGGCCGUCCACACCCCACACCAUCACGCUGCAGCCAUCCUCCUUCCGAAACCUGCGGCUCCCAAAGAGGCUGCGUGUCAUUUACUUCCUGGCCCGCACUCGCCUGGCACAGCGCCUUAUCAUGGCUGGCACAGUUGUCUGGAUCGGCAUCCUGGUGUACACGGACCCGGCAGGGCUGCGCACCUACCUUGCUGCGCAGGUGACAGAACAGAGCCCGCUAGGCGAGGGCGCCCUGACUCCCAUGCCUGUGCCUAGCGGCGUGCUGCCUGCCAGCCACCCGGACCCUGCCUUCUCCAUCUUCCCUGCUGAUGCCCCUAAGUUGUCAGAGAACCAAACAUUGCUGGGAGAGCCACCUGAGUCUGGGGGUCCGGCAGAGGGCGCCCAUGAUGGCCCAGCUCCAGAGGUAACCUGGGGACCUGAGGAUGAGGAACUCUGGAGGAAACUCUCCUUCCGCCACUGGCCUACGCUCUUCAGCUACUACAACAUCACCCUAGCCAAGAGGUACAUCAGCCUGCUGCCCGUCAUCCCGGUCACGCUGCGCCUCAACCCCAGGGAGGCCCUGGAGGGGCGGCACCCUCAGGACGGCCGCAGCUCCUGGCCCCCGCGGCGGCCCGGGCCGGGCGGGCCCUGGGAGGCCGGUCCCAGGGCCCCGGGGACAGCGCAGGCCCACGGCGACGUCACCUUGUACAAGGUGGCGGCGCUCGGCCUGCUGCUGGUGAGCUGCUGCUUGGCGGGCCACGUCUGUGUGUGGGACGCGCAGACUGGGGACUGCCUCACGCGCAUCCCUCGCCCGGGGCAGCGCCGCGACAGUGGCGUAGGCAGCGCGUUCGAGGCCCAGGAGAGCUGGGAACGGCUGUCCGACAGCGGGAAGGGGGGCCCAGAGGAGCCGGGGGACAGCCCUCCUCUGCGGCACCGCCCCCGGGGCCCUCCGCCGCCCGCCCUCUUCGGGGACCAGCCAGACCUCACCUGCCUGAUCGACACCAACUUCUCAGCACAGCCUAGGCUCUUGGAACCCGUGCAGCCGGAGCCCCGGCACCGGGCCGGCUGCAGCCGUGCUCGUGACGGCCCGGGCUAUGACUUCAGCCGCCUGGUGCAGCGCGUGUACCAGGAGGAUGGCCUGGCGUCCGGGCCCGCGCCCGCCCUGCGCCCGCCCUCCCCUGGGCCCGGGCCGCCCCUGACCCCUGAGGAGGAGGGUGGCUAUCCUCCGGAGAAGGGCUCCCCGUCCCUGGCCUGGGCCCCCAGUGCAGACGGCUCCAUCUGGAGCCUGGAGCUGCAGGGCAGCCUUAUCGUGGUGGGGCGGAGCAGCGGCCGCCUGGAGGUGUGGGACGCCAUCGAGGGCACACUGUGCUGCAGCAGCGAGGAGGUGUCCUCAGGCAUCACUGCCCUCGUCUUCCUGGACAAGAGGAUUGUUGCUGCCCGGCUCAAUGGUUCCCUGGAUUUCUUUUCCUUGGAGACCCGCACUGCCCUCAGCCCCCUGCAGUUCCGAGGGACCCCAGGGCGGAGCAGUUCCCCUGCAUCCCCUGUGUAUAGCAGCAGUGACACAGUAGCCUGUCGCCUGACCCACACUGUGCCCUGCGCACACCAGAAACCUAUCACAGCCCUGAAGGCUGCAGCUGGGCGACUCGUGACUGGGAGUCAAGACCACACUCUGAGAGUGUUCCGUCUGGAGGACUCGUGUUGCCUCUUCACCCUGCAGGGCCACUCAGGGGCCAUCACAACUGUGUACAUUGACCAGACCAUGGUGCUGGCCAGUGGAGGGCAAGACGGGGCCAUCUGCCUGUGGGACGUACUGACUGGCAGCCGGGUCAGCCACAUGUUCGCUCACCGUGGGGAUGUCACCUCCCUCACCUGUACCACUUCCUGCGUCAUCAGUAGUGGCCUGGAUGACCUCAUCAGCAUCUGGGACCGUAGCACAGGCAUCAAGCUCUAUUCCAUUCAGCAGGACCUGGGCUGUGGAGCAAGCUUGGGGGUCAUCUCCGACAACCUGCUGGUGACUGGUGGCCAGGGCUGUGUCUCCUUUUGGGACCUAAACUAUGGGGACCUGUUACAAACAGUCUACCUAGGGAAGAGCAGUGAAGCCCAGCCCACCCGCCAGAUCCUGGUGCUGGACAAUGCCGCCAUUGUCUGCAACUUUGGCAGUGAGCUCAGCCUGGUGUAUGUGCCCUCUGUGCUGGAGAAGCUGGACUGAGUGGGGCAGGAGCUGUGGUGCAAAGCUGAAGCUGCCUCUGAACUGUUCUGCCUCGUUGACUGUAAUAAUAUUAAAGUUUUGGGUUUUUUUAAAUCCCA